AUGCUGGCGGCGUACGGCCACUACAAGGCUGUCUCGUCAGGUGCGCACGAUCAAAAUAAUAGAAAUAGCCUUCUGGGCUACUCGUUAGAUACACCCAGCCUCGGCUUGACGGCCAUUGGGUUCCUGGCGCCUGAUCACUUACACGACGUUGCCGGUCAGGUGAAAGAUCACUUAACACAACGAACACACAUCCGGUGCGGCAAGCUUCUGAUGCCAGGACCAUUUGCCGAUUCCACUGCGCUGCUAGCAGUGCUGUCAACCAUCUCACUUGUCGAAAUAGCUGACCUGGUACAAGGCGAUGCAAUUUUUCUAGCUGUAGCAGCCAUGCCCCCGUGCCUGACGGUGAGAAUCGUAUUUAAGCAAAUAUUUUUAGAUGCGGUUUGCUUCGCAACCUCGGGCAAAUUCGCAGAUUUGUCCUUCACCGCGCUUCAACACCGUUUCGUGAUGCCUCUUUCGCCAGAUGUGGCGCAGCUAUGCCGGUGCCACAAAGCUGUGGCUAGUGGAGAGUUCAUCGUUCAUCGCCCCUGCCUCGUUGAAGCUGCCAUGGCCGAUUACACCCAGUUCCACGCCCUGGGCCAUGGCGAGCAGUACGACCCCAACGAUCCGAACAAAACGAGCGCCCCAGCUGCUCAACAUUUUAUGCCUCCCGUGGCCCCCAACCCGUACCAGCAACAGCAACCAUAUGGCGCCCCCCCGUACCAAGCAGGACAGGCUGCCCCGAUGGGGGGUCCCUCGCAUUCAGGAUUUCAUGGCGGUGCCCCUCCGCCUCAGCCAGACACAUUGGCUGCGCAAAUGGGCGGCAUGAGCCUCGGUGUCGAUGGCCAGGGCACUGUUCGCAAGAAGAAGAGAGAUCGCCAUGCCCACCACACCGUCGAGCCAACAGGCUCAUCGCACGCCUUCAAUGGCAUGCCCACCGCCGGUGUCGGCGCCAGUCAGUUCCUCAACAAUGCCGGUAGCCCCUCGAUUCCUGCCUUUGGCACUCAGUUCGACAGCCAAGCAGCGCCUCACACACACUACGGCGCCCCGGCUCCGUCACCGCUUGGCGGUGGUCCAAUGAACUCUACUGGCCCUGUGAAUCCCAUCUCAGGAAGCGAUUUUGGCGAUGCUGCCGCUUCUGUCCCGGCUUCGGGCACCGGCAAAGUCUCUGCCGACGACCUCCCCAGUGUGCCGGCUGCUCGUGACGCUAUCCAGCAGUACUUUCUCAAAAAUAUUUAUCCUACUUUUGAGAAGCACGUUCCGCCGCCUGCCUCAGUCUCCUUCGUCGCCCACGAUCAGGGCAACUCGUCGCCCAAGUAUGCUCGACUGACAAUGAACAAUGUCCCUGCUACCCCCGAUGGCUUGCAAGCUACCGGUAUUCCCCUCGGUUUACUCAUACAGCCCCUCGCUCCUCUUCAGGCUGGCGAAGCUGAAGUACCUGUUCUCGACUUUGGCGAGGCUGGUCCGCCCCGUUGUCGCAGAUGCCGCGCUUAUAUCAACCCCUUCAUGAUGUUCCGAUCCGGAGGCAACAAGUUCGUCUGCAAUCUUUGCACAUAUCCCAACGAUACCCCACCCGAAUACUUUUGCGCUACCAGUCCCCAAGGCGUCCGCGUCGAUCGUGACCAGCGUCCAGAGCUACAUCGUGGAACCGUCGAGUUUGUGGUGCCCAAAGAAUACUGGACAAGACCUCCUGUCGGUCUGCGCUUCCUCUUCCUCAUUGACGUAACACAAGAGUCUUUCAACAAGGGCUUCCUAGAAAGCUUCUGUGACGGAAUACAAGCUGCGCUUUACGGAGGCGAGACUGACGAAGACGGCGAGCCCAAGAGACGUAUACCCCAAGGAGCCAAGGUCGGCUUCGUCACAUACGACCAAGACAUUCACUUUUACAACGUCAACCCUGGUCUCGAUCAAGCGCAGAUGCUCAUCAUGCCUGAUCUCGAAGACCCCUUCUUGCCCCUGGGCGAAGGUCUGUUCGUCGACCCGUAUGAAUGCAAGUCAACCAUUACCUCGCUUCUCAACCGCCUGCCCGAAAUGUUCUCGACCAUCAAGAACCCGGAGCCUGCCAUGCUGGCCGCUCUGAGCUCCGGUUUGGCCGCUCUGGAGGCGACUGGUGGCAAGAUCAUCUGCUCUUGUGCUGCCCUGCCUACGUGGGGCCCUGGCCGACUGUUCUUGCGCGAUGAUGGCAGCCAUCCUGGCGGUGAAUCUGACAAGAAGCUGUAUACUACCGAGCAUCCCGGAUGGAAGAAGGUGUCGGAGAAGAUGGCUGCCGGCGGUGUUGGUGUUGAUUUCUUCUUGGCCGCUCCUUCUGGUGGAUACCUUGAUAUUGGCACGAUUGGGCAUGUUGCCGCCACAACUGGUGGUGAAACGUUUUAUUACCCCAACUUCAUUGCUCCUCGCGACAGCCCUAAACUGUCGACGGAAAUCGCCCAUGCUGUUACGCGCGAGACUGGUUUCCAGGCGCUAAUGAAGGUUCGAUGUUCGAAUGGUUUGCAGAUUGCGGCCUACCACGGUAAUUUUGUGCAGCACACGUUUGGUGCCGAUCUUGAGAUUGGUGUCAUUGAUGCCGACAAGGCGCUGGGUGUUUCCUUUUCUUAUGAUGGCAAGCUCGACGCCAAGCUCGACGCCCAUUUCCAAUCGGCUCUUCUGUACACGACUGCCUCUGGUCAGCGCAGAGUACGUUGCUCAAACAUCAUUGCUAGCGUCAGCGACACGUCCAAGGAGGCUGGCGUACGCGAGCAAGGCAUUCGUGCGUGCAUGAAGUUUGUUGACCAAGAUGCCGUCAUUGCUUUGCUUGCCAAGGAAGCGAGCACCAAGCUCUCAACGACAUCUAGCAGCCUGAAAGAUACGCGCAACUGGUUGACGGAGCGAACCAUUGACAUAAUGUCUUGCUACCGCAAACACUCUGCUCAACAACACCCCCCUGGGCAGCUGGUGAUGCCGGAGCGACUCAAGGAAUUCUGCAUGUACAUGCUUGGAUUGCUCAAGUGCAGAGCCUACAAGGGUGGGAUUGAGAAUACGGACCGAAGAGUGUACGAGAUGCGCCUGAUACGAUCUAUGGGGGCGCUUGAGCUUAGUCUGUACCUGUACCCGCGGAUGAUUCCUCUGCACAACCUCCAACCGGAGGAUGGGUUUGCUGAUGCAGAGACUGGCCACCUCAAGAUGCCGCCUUGCGUUCGGGCGUCAUUCUCACGGGUUGAACCGGGGGGUGUUUACUUGGUUGAUAAUGGACAGCAAUGCCUGAUUUGGCUUCACUCUCAGACGUCGCCAAACCUCAUUAGCGAUCUAUUUGGUGAGGGCAAGGACAGCCUGAAGAGCCUAGACGCGUACACAUCGUCUAUCCCGGUGUUGGAUAGCCACCUGAACGCGCAGGUUCGCAAUGUUGUCGAAUUUCUGAAAACGCAGCGCGGCUCCAAGGGCAUGAACAUACAGCUUGCGCGACAGGGGAUCGACGGAGCCGAGUUUGAGUUUGCUCGUCUCCUGGUCGAGGACCGCAACAACGAGGCGCAGAGCUACGUGGACUGGCUUGUGCACGUCCACAAGGGCGUUCAGCUCGAGCUGAGCGGUCAAAGAAAGCGUGAAGGUGAUGGCGAUUCUGCGGCGAACAGCUUGACCAACUUUGCCGGCCUUCGUCCUUCGUAUUGGUAG